AUGAGCAGUAUUGUGAGAUUGUCCAAGUGUUUGGUCACUGAGGGGCUUCUGAACCGGGGUGGACACCGUGUCUUCCAGGAACCAAUCAACUUUGAGAUUUUCCAGGGUGAAAAAUGGGCCAUUAUCGGCGAUUCUUACAGAUCCAAGUUUCUUCAAACUUUGAAAGGUUCCUUCAAUGUUUCGCCGACUUCGACUGGGAGAUCGUAUCCGUUGAGUUUGAAGAAACCAGACAUGAAGGUGGAAUUAUUACAGUUUGUGAAUAACGGAUCGUUUGGCCACGGAGCAACCGACUCGUCCGGUGGAUUUACUCAUCUUUCCAGUAGAUACGAGUUCUACAAAGAUGCGGAGGUUGACGAAACAGUGCAGGAUUUCAUUGCGAACAUCUCGUACAAUUCUCAACAUAAGAUUGACCCUGUUUUUCUGGGUCAAUUGCUGGACAAAGUCGAUCUUUCCGGGUUCCAGCAAAAAUAUAUCACCACUCUCAGCAAUGGACAGUUCCGCAGGGCCCGGAUUGCCAAGAGUCUGUACGGUAGACCCGACUUGCUGCUGGUUGAGGAUCCGUUCCUCGGUUUGGACCCCGUUGCUACCAAAAAUAUCUCUUCGGUCUUGGAAAAAACCGCUCUGCCAACCACAGUUUGUCUCGGUCUGAAGAUCCAGGACACCAUUCCAGACUGGAUUGAGAAAGUCGCCAUUGUCGAUCACACAGGGAUCGUUAAAAGUGGCCCAAAAAGAGACCUUGUGGAAAUGUUGAGGAUUUUAAAAGAGAAGCACGAAGACCAUCAACUUUCACUCAAGAAAGCAGUCGAGUCAAAACUGUUCCACGCUCUGGAACAGACUUCCACAACGUCAGAAACACCCAUUUUGGAAAUGGACAACGUUAACGUGCUUUACCGUGGCAAACCAGCACUCAAGAACCUGAGCUGGACUGUUCGCGAUGGCGAGAAAUGGCACAUCAGAGGUAAAAAUGGAUCUGGUAAGACAACUUUGCUUUCCCUCAUCACUCUUGACCACCCUCAGUCUUGGAACAAACACAUCAAAUUGAAUGGACAACCAAGAGCAACAGGUAAAACCAACUAUUUUGACACAAACAAACAGAUUGGGUUCACAUCGCCUGAGUUACACGCGAUUUUCCCCAAGAACCUGACUGUAGAACAAGCAAUCUCGACUGGAUUUCAAACGGGUUCAUACAUUCCUCCGAAACUAACUCAGCAGCAAAAAGAUACCAUCUAUCGGUAUCUGGAAUCUGUCGAUCUGAUCAACCAAGCACAAACAAAGUUUAAAGAUCUGCCAGUAAGCAGCCAAAAACUAGUUUUAUUGCUCCGUGCCAUGAUCAACCAACCUAAAAUCCUAAUUCUGGACGAAUCCUUGAGCGCAAUGUCAAACGAAGACAUCAUCAAAGGAAAAUACUUAAUCGACCACUGGAAAGGAUGUGUUUUAGUGAUCGGCCAUGUUGAAAACGAAGUUCCUAAGUGCGACAAAUUCAUCGAUCUGAAUGGUGCAAACGUCGGUGACUAUAUCAUUGGAGAUAUCACGAAUUAG